AUGGAUGGGGAGGCAUCAACCAGAUGUCAAGUGAUGAUAUGUUUGACUAACGAUGGUCUUGGUACUAUCGAUAUCAAAGGGGUUCAACUCGAAGAAGAAUAUCCAAAGCCCCUCACAAUUGAACCACUGAGGGAGGAGAUAUUGGAUCCUUCUGAUCCCAAUAGAAAAGUAUUGGUGGGCUCCCUCCUAUCCAAUGCUGAAAGGGAGCAUCUCAUCGAGUUCUUAAUGAAUAACAAGGACGUGUUCGCAUGGUCACAUGUGGAUAUGCUUGGAAUUGAUCCUAGUGUCGCAUGUCACCGCCUAAACGUGGACCCUAACCACCCAACACACCAGCAGAGGCAAAUGAUGUUCGCACUAGAGAGAAAUCAAGUCAUUAGCGACGAAGUGGAUAGAUUUCUGGAAGUUGGGUUCAUCCGCGACGUGUGGUGCAAGUCAUGGAUCUCUAAUGUGGUGGUUAUGGCUAAAAAAAAAGAGGAAAAUGGGGAGUUUGUGUCGAUUACAUCAAUCUAA